CCAAUCAUGUUUCGAAAGAUAGUCCAGGAAGUUCAAGAAAUGUUCUCUCAUAAAGUCCAUACCAAUUCAGACACGAGAACUCCCCAUACUCAUGGCGCCACACUCAACUCGGAUUCGCUAACUCACUACCAUGGAAUCAAUGGACCUGAUUGGUCAGAAUUUGAACAGUAUUUUGCGACAGAAUUAUUUCCGAAGGAAGGAGGAGCCGAAAAAUCUUACAGAUUCCUUCUCCAGCUUGUCCACAUGCUCUUCGAGUAUAUAUCUCAGGAAAACCUCCGUUCCAAUAAAAUUCUUGACUUCCAUUUACCCCACGAACUCUUGGAAAUCUUCAAUUCGCGAUUAUACGUCAGUGCCGAACCUCACAGUUUGGACCAGAUUCUCAAAGAUUGCAGGGAGACGCUCGUCUACUGCGUUAAAACAGCCCCACCCCUCACGAAAAAUAUCGCCUGGAAGAGAAUAGUCAAUUAUAUCGACCUCAGUACUUCCAAUGUGUAG